AUGUCCCCCACAAACGCCGAGUAUGCGCUCUCUCAGUCGCACAAGGAGAUGCUCGAGAAGUCUCUCCUCGACUCCGACCCUGAGGUCGCCUCCAUCAUGAAGGAUGAGAUCAAGCGUCAGCGCGAGUCCAUUAUCCUCAUCGCCUCCGAGAACAUCACCUCCCGCGCUGUCUUCGAUGCCCUUGGUUCCCCCAUGUCCAACAAGUACUCUGAGGGUUACCCCGGUGCUCGUUACUACGGUGGCAACCAGCACAUCGACCAGAUCGAGCGUCUCUGCCAGCAGCGUGCUCUUGAGGCUUUCCACCUCGACUCCGAGAAGUGGGGUGUCAACGUCCAGUGCCUCUCUGGAUCCCCUGCCAACCUCCAGGUCUACCAGGCUAUCAUGCCUGUCCACGGUCGUCUCAUGGGCCUUGACCUUCCCCAUGGUGGCCAUCUGAGCCACGGUUACCAGACCCCCCAGAAGAAGAUCUCUGCUAUCUCUACUUACUUUGAGACCAUGCCUUACCGUGUCGACCUUGACACCGGCAUCAUUGACUAUGAUACUCUCCAGAAGAACGCCAUCCUCUUCCGCCCCAAGGUCCUUGUUGCCGGUACCUCUGCCUACUGCCGUCUCAUUGACUACGAGCGCAUGCGCAAGAUCGCCGACUCCGUUGGUGCCUACCUUGUUGUCGAUAUGGCUCACAUCUCCGGUCUCAUUGCUGCCGAGGUCAUCCCCACUCCCUUCAAGUACGCCGACAUUGUCACAACCACCACCCACAAGUCUCUCCGUGGUCCCCGUGGUGCUAUGAUCUUCUUCCGCAAGGGCGUCCGCUCCGUCGAUGCCAAGACCGGCAAGGAGACGCUCUACGACCUCGAGAACCCUAUCAACUUCUCCGUUUUCCCCGGUCACCAGGGUGGUCCUCACAACCACACCAUCACUGCUCUGGCUGUUGCCCUGAAGCAGGCUGCCAGCCCCGACUUCAAGGCCUACCAGGAGAAGGUUAUUUCCAACGCCAAGACCCUGGAGAACACUUUCAAGACUCUCGGCCACAAGCUCGUGUCUGACGGCACUGACAGCCACAUGGUCCUCGUCGACCUCCGCCAGCACAACCUGGACGGUGCCCGUGUUGAGGCCGUCCUUGAGCAGAUCAACAUUGCUUGCAACAAGAACUCCAUCCCCGGUGACAAGUCUGCUCUCACCCCUUGCGGUAUCCGUAUUGGUACCCCCGCCAUGACUUCUCGUGGCUUCGGAGAGAAGGAGUUCGAGCGUGUCGGCAAGUACAUUGAUGAGGCUAUCAAGAUCUGCAAGGAAGAGCAGGCUGCUCUCCCCAAGGAGGCCAACAAGCUCAAGGACUUCAAGGCUCGCGUCGCCAGCGGUGAGGUCCAGAAGAUCAACGACCUCAAGAAGGAGAUUGCCUCUUGGUGCAAUGACUUCCCUCUUCCCGUUGAGGGCUGGCGUCUGGAUGCCGGCAUCUAA